CCGGAAGUGGAGGAGGAGGCGCGGCGGCGGAGCCGCAGAAGCUGGCAGAGCCCAGCCCAGGAGCGAGUGCGGGGUUGGGGGCGGGGGGCGGGGCUCAGCAGCCCGGGCGGCCCGGCCUGGACGGGGCGGGGGAGGCCAUGGCCUCCGCAGAGUUGCAGGGGAAGUACCAGAAGCUGGCUCAGGAGUACUCUAAGCUUCGAGCUCAGAAUCAGGUCCUGAAGAAAGGCGUCGUGGACGAGCAGGCCAAUUCUGCUGUUCUAAAGGAACAACUGAAAAUGAAGGAUCAGUCGUUGAGGAAACUACAACAGGAAAUGGACAGUUUGACAUUUCGAAAUCUGCAGCUUGCCAAGAGGGUGGAACUCCUUCAAGAUGAGCUAGCGCUAAGUGAGCCUCGAGGCAAGAAGAAUAAGAAAAGUGGAGAGUCGUCUUCUCAGUUGAGUCAGGAGCAGAAGAGUGUCUUUGACGAAGAUCUGCAAAAGAAAAUCGAGGAGAAUGAACGGCUGCAUAUCCAGUUUUUCGAAGCAGAUGAGCAUCACAAGCAUGUGGAAGCAGAGCUGAGGAGUCGGCUGGCCGCUCUGGAAACCGAAGCUGCUCAGCACCAAGCUGUGAUCGAUGGCCUGACCCGGAAAUACAUGGAGACCAUUGAGAAACUACAGAACGACAAGGCUAAGCUAGAAGUAAAAUCUCAGACUCUAGAAAAGGAGGCCAAGGAAUGCCGACUUCGAACAGAAGAAUGUCAAUUACAGUUAAAGAAUCUUCAUGAAGAUUUGUCAGGUAGAUUAGAGGAAUCCUUGUCAAUCAUCAAUGAAAAAGUACCUUUUAAUGAUACAAAGUAUCAUCUGUACAAUGCUCUCAACGUUCCACUGCACAACAGGAGACAUCAGCUGAAGAUGCGAGAUAUAGCUGGGCAGGCCCUGGCUUUUGUUCAGGACCUCGUGCCGGCUCUUCUGAACUUUCAUACCUACACGGAACAGAGGAUUCAGAUUUUCCCUGUUGAUUCUGCCAUUGACGCCAUAUCACCAUUGAAUCAGAAGUUCUCUCAACACCUUCAUGAAAAUGCAUCCUACGUCCGCCCCCUUGAGGAAGGAAUGCUGCAUUUAUUCGAAAGUAUAACUGAAGAUACUGUGACUGUCCUGGAGACAACUGUGAAAUUGAAGCCAUUUUCAGAUCACUUAGCUUCCUACAUCCGCUUCCUUAGGAAAAUCCUUCCUUACCAGUUAAAAAGUCUAGAAGAAGAAUGUGAAUCUUCCCUUUGCACACCUGCACUGAGAGCCAGGAACCUGGAGCUGUCCCAGGAUAUGAAGCGAAUGACGGCCGUGUUCGAGAAGCUGCAGACGUACAUCACUCUCCUCGCCCUGCCCAGUACAGAGCCAGAUGGGCUCCUUCGGACAAACUACACUUCUGUCUUAACAAAUGUUGGCGCUGCUCUGCAUGGGUUUCAUGACGUCAUGAAAGACAUUUCCAAACACUAUAGUCAGAAGGCGUCCAUAGAGCAUGAACUUCCAACAGCAACACAGAAGCUGGUAACGACUAACGACUGCAUCCUGUCGUCAGCAGUGGCGCUAACAAACGGAGCCGGGAAGAUUGCAUCUUUCUUCAGCAACAACGUGGACUAUUUCAUUGCUUCAUUGAGCUAUGGGCCCAAGACAGCCAGUGGAUUCAUUAGUCCCCUUUCAGCUGAGUGCAUGCUCCAGUACAAGAAGAAAGCUGCUGCCUACAUGAAGGCUUUGAGAAAGCCUCUUGCAGACUCUGUGCCUUACUGGGAAGCAGUGGCAAACCGCCGGGUUCUUCUCAGCUCCACUGAGAGUCGGGAAGGCCUCGCACAGCAGGUUCAACAGAGUUUGGAAAAGAUUUCUAAACUGGAGCAGGAAAAAGAGCAUUGGAUGUUAGAAGCACAGCUAGCCAGAAUCAAGCUGGAGAAGGAAAACCAGCGGAUGGCAGACAGGCUGCGGAGUACGAGCGGUGCACAGCUGGCCCAGGAAAAUGCCGCUGCAGCCAUUGCUCCCUGCCAGGAGGAAGGUGCAGCCAAGGUUCCAGCAGAGCCCUUGCAGAGCACCAGCCUGGUUGGAGUUUUAACCAGAGCGCCAGACAGUGAGGUCCCAGAUGUGGAGUCCCGGGAAGACCUAAUCAAGAACCACUACAUGGCAAGGAUAGCAGAGCUCACGUCUCAGCUACAGCUGGCGGACAGCAAAUCAGUGCACUUCUAUGCAGAGUGCCGAGCGCUCUCGAAGAGACUAGCCCUAGCAGAGAAGUGCAAGGAGACGCUGACCGAGGAGCUGAAGCUAGCCAGUCAGAGCAGCAGCAGGCUGCAGGAUGAGCUGACAACCACCAAGAGGAGCUACGAGGAUCAGUUAAGCAUGAUGAGUGACCACCUGUGCAGCAUGAACGAGACACUGUCUAAGCAGAGGGAAGAGAUCGACACGCUGAAGAUGUCCAGUAAGGGAAAUUCUAAGAAGAACAGGAGUCGAUAGUUGACGAAGAGCUUGUCAGUGACUGUUCCCUCCAGACCGGCUGCAGCUGCUGCCAAGAGUCUCGGGGUCAGACCCCACAACCAGUGCUGGCGGCCUCUGGGAAGCUGAAGUGCGGUUGGACCUAGUAAACUAGCCAGUGUUGUCCGUGACCUUGAGACAUUUGAAGUAUAUUUGUAAACAUCAAGGCAAAUACAGAAUUUGAUGUUGACAGUCAAAUGGAAAACAAUAGACAUAACCAUGGAUAUUGUGGUCUCCUUAUGCUGUUUUUACUGUGCACUUUUUGAAAUUAGGACCUAAUUUCAGUAUGUAAGAACAACAAACAUUUUGUAUAUUUUCAAGCUCGAUUAUAUGGCAAUGGAUCUUGUAUCUGUGGAAUAGAUAUAUGUUUCUGGAUAAAAUGCUUAAAUUGUCAGAUGUCAUUACAUCCUGUAUUGUCAUUUCUUCUUAUAAUUGAAAAUUGAAAGAUGUCUCAGAUUCUUUUUAAAAGAUUCACUCCCUUCCCUCCCCUUCCUCCCCAUCUCCCCCUCCCUCCUCCCCCUUCCCUCCAUUCCUCGGAGGUGAUGAGCCUCCCAUCCUUCGCAGCCCAUGGGUUUGCUGUCGUGUCUGCAGCUGUGCAGCACUCUCUGUGUUAGAAUAAUUGCUCAAGGAAAUUCAUGUCAAUAAAUUCCUACCCACACGAA